GGAGCCCCACGACUUGUAAUUCGGUGGCCCUCUCUAUAGAUGGCCGACCAGUGAACCGUAACGUCGACGAACAGGCACGAAACUUUUACAGGUUUUACUUCGGAACACACUUUCGGACAAGGGGAAACAUAAACCAAGGAGUUUUGACACAUAAAAAGAAUGUCUGAACUACUGGGACACGUCCCAAACUUUCGGAAGCUUCGCGGAAAGCCGAAUGAUGAUGGUCUGGACCGUAUGAGUCAUGUGGUCACAGUCGUGCUUCUCAUCAUUUUCACGGUUGCCAUUAGCUCAGGUCAGUUCUUCAAAGACCCGAUAGUAUGUUGGAAUCCUGCAGAAUUCAAAGACCAUAUGGAGUCUUAUACAAAAUGGAACUGUUGGGUGAAAAACACCUACUACGUUCCCUUGACAGAGGAAAUUCCGGUCAACAUCGACCAACGCCAGUCCGCAGAACUGACCUAUUACCAAUGGGUGCCGAUUAUUUUACUUUUCAUGGCGUUUUUAUUCAAACUUCCUAAUAUGGUCUGGAGAAUUUUCAAUGGCGGAUCAGGCUUGAACAUGGAUAAAUGCGUUUACUUCGCAGAAAAAGCACAGUACGACAGUCCGGAUGACAGACAAAAAGAUUUGUAUGCCCUCGCAAGAUUCAUGGACAAAUGGCUGGAUACCAACAAAGAGUACAAAUGGAACGUUUUUGUCCGCACCAAGCACCAGGCUUCUCGAUUCAUCUGUUUCUUCUGCAACAAACGCGCCGGAAGAUACCUCACCGCCAUGUAUCUGUUUGUGAAAGUCUUGUACGUCGUGAACGCCAUCGGACAACUGUUUUUACUGAACGCAUUCCUCGCCACUUCAUACAACUUUUACGGAUUCGAAUUCAUGGAGAACAUGGGACAGAGUGGUCCUUGGAGGGAGAGCCCAAGGUUCCCUCGCGUCACACUCUGUGACAUUCGCAUCCGUCAACUUCAGAACUUGCAGCGCUUCACAGUACAGUGCGUUCUGCCUAUAAACCUCUUCAACGAGAAAAUCUUCAUUUUUAUUUGGUUCUGGUUAGUUUUCGUUGCAUGCAUUGCCACCUUUAACCUUUUCAACUGGAUCUACCUUAUUAUGUUCACCAGGAAUAAGGUAGCCUAUAUUAAGAAGUUCUUGAAGAUAAACAACGAACUUCAUACAAACUUUGACAAGAAAUUGGCGGCCAAAUUCGCCGAGAGCUAUCUUCGCGAUGAUGGCGUUUUCCUUCUUCGCAUCAUUGCUAGGAAUACCACCGAUCUUGUUGUCACGGAUCUCGUCAAGGAAUUGUGGGAUAUCUUCAAAGACAAACAAAACACAAAGAAGAACAGAGAACUUGAACCAGAAAGCAGUAUGCUUGAUGAGGCUAAAGAACCACUCACGUGAUGACGAGAAGACUAGAGUUUCUUCCCAAGCAAUUCAUGUGAUGCCUCGAUUAUCGAGACUUCUAGCCUUUCGAGUUUUCCCAUUUUUUAGCCGUUUUAUGUCAGAAUUUUAGUUAUAGCCUUAGGCCAGUCUUUUAGUCACCUGUCAGACUUGGUGCUUUUUCACGUUCCAUAUAUUACAUACAGUCAAUUUGUUUUUGAAAAACGUCUAUAUCUAUGAUGAUUUUAUGUACAGUGUUAAACAACGAAACAACACAAAGCAUUACAAAAUCUAGUCUCAUUAAAGACUAUUAUCUGGGUAAUGGUAUUUGACAGUGUAUAGUAACUGGCACAGCUUAAAGCUAACGCAUAUUUAACUACUAACAGUCGGAGUGAGAGCUCGAAAGUUGCCUGUAUCUGGGUUGUGAGAUUCAGCAGACUUUUUAUAUAGUUUUUUUUUUUUGACAUUCAGCCUUCAGUUUCUGAAAGGUUCAACAACGAAUCCCUUGUCUUCCUAUGUAUAGAAAAUGCUAUAAUAUCUUUGUAUACAACGCUGUAGCUACGUAGUUUUGUAAAUAUUUUAAUAAAUCUACCAACUAUCGUCAGAUAUUUUAUGUAGGAUGAAAUGAUUUUAUGUUUUUGUAAACGGAUAAGAAUUUUUUCAAAUGUAACCACAUCCCCAUUUUUUCUUUUUUUUCUGUAUUAAAAUGUGAUCUCGUUUUCAUGACUGUUAAUGUUCGGCAUUUUAUUAUUUUUGUCAUUUGUUCAUCUUGUCUUCAUGACACAAGCUUGCAUUUGAUUUUGAAAGUCAUCCAUGUCGUUGAGAUGUUUUAAUUCUUGUUGAAGCUGUUUUUAUUAGAGAGGCAUUCCUUUUAAUGAAAAUCAAGGUUUGUGCUUAUUUUUGUAUUACAGAAUAAAAAAAAUACUUUGUUCAGCGAUGCGAAUAAAUAAUAAUAAAAAAGUAAA